UGAAAGCUGUCGAGAUAAAAUCAGCAGAAAGAUAGAACGUAUGAAUUUUAGGUAACCCUAAAUACCAUUCCAAAUUUAAACCUUCUAAAUCUUCGGCAAACAAAACCUUUACCUAAUUAAAUAUAUCCUCUACAUAGUCGGAUUUUUUUUUUUUUUUUGUUGUCUAAAUAAAUAUCGAAAUCCUCAAUCAAUUUUUGGUUUCUUUCUUCCUCGGAUUUCUACCUCGAAUACGAGGUAGAGAUGACGAGAAAGUGUUCUGGAUGUAGUAAUAAUGGGCAUAAUUCAAGAACUUGCCCUGCUACUAAUAAAGUCGUUAAACUGUUUGGGGUUAGAUUAGAUGCAGGUGCUUCUUCCUCAUCAUCCAUGAGGAAAAGUGUUAGUAUGUGUAAUUUGUCUACUUUAUCACAUAAUGCUAGUUUUCAGAAUUUUAGUAAUCUUGGGAAUCAGGAUUCUUCUUCUUCACCUGGUGGUGAUGAUCAGAAUAAUAAUAAUGGUCAUAUUAAUGAUGGAUAUGCUUCUGAAGAUUAUGUUAAAGGUUCUUCUCGUGAAAGAAAGAAGGGUGUGGCAUGGACCGAAGAGGAACACAAGAUGUUUCUACUGGGACUACAAAAGCUUGGGAAGGGUGAUUGGCGUGGGAUAUCACGAAAUUAUGUUAUUACAAGAACCCCUACUCAGGUUGCUAGCCACGCCCAGAAAUAUUUUAUCCGCCAAUGCAACAUGUCCAGAAGGAAAAGACGAUCCAGCCUAUUUGAUAUGGUACCUGAUGAGCAGUCAACGGAUGCUCCUCAAGUUGGGUCAGCUUUACCAGACCAUCCCCAAGCUGAAAUUCAAAACAUCACCUUGUCUCCAACCCCAACUAUAGGUGAAGAAUGUGAAUCGAUGGAUUCAACCAACUCUACUGAAAAACAACCUCUUGUUAUUCAACAUCCAGUGGCGAUGCCUAUCAUGCAGUCUAGUUAUCCAGUAAUGUGUCCUCCUUUUUACUAUCCAUACUAUCCAUACGCUGUCCCAGUUUGGCCCGGGUACAAUACAGAGCAAACAACAACAGAAGAGACUCAUGAAGUUGUAAAACCUAUGGCUACACAUAUAAAGAGUCCGAUGAACGUGGAACAACUCGGACUAAUGUCGAAACUGACAAUUGGUGAAUCCGAUGACAAAAAAGAACAGUCACUAUCUACUUCUCUCUCGCUUCAAAUUCCUGGGGAGUCAUCUUCCAGGCCGUCGGCUUUUCACCAAGGACAGACCUAUGUGAGGGCUAUUCCAGGCGGUAGCCCAGGGUAGAUUUACGCGCAGUAUUAUUCAGGCUCAAGAAUGUUAAAGUGUUUAAAUUGAUUUUUGGGCUUGUAUUUUGUUUUAUGCCCAGGUGUUAAGUUAGCAUUCUUUUAUUUUAGGAAGGCCCUAUUGUUGCAUAACAAUUAACAUAAGUUCUCAUGCACUCUGUAUUUAGGAAAUUGUCAAAAUAAAUCUGUGAUGUGCGUCAUUGCCUUUUAA